UCGGGCGGGUGGGCGCGGCCACAGCACCAUCUUCUGCGGCUGGCUGGUCGUCUUUGCGCCGGCCCCAGCGACGCUCCCUGGCCAGAUGGCGCCGCGGCCGCUGGGCCCAUUGGUGCUGGCUCUGGGUGGCGCCGCGGCGGUGCUGGGCUCGGUGCUCUUUAUCCUCUGGAAAGCUUACUUCGGCCGCGGUCGGGAGCGGCGCUGGGACCAGGGCGAGGCCUGGUGGGGCGCGGAAACCGCCCGCUUCCCUCAGUGGGACGAAUGGGAGCCCGAGGCCGAGGAAGAUGAGCCGGCAUUGGAGGAACUGGAGCAGCGGGAAGUGCUGGUGCUAGGCUUAGAUGGCUCUGGGAAGAGCACGUUCCUGCGCAUGCUUUCUGGGAAGCCACCACUGGAAGGCCACGUCCCCACCUGGGGCUUCAACUCUGUGAGGCUGCCCACCAAGAAUUUCCAGGUGGACCUGUUAGAGAUUGGCGGCAGCCAGAACCUGCGCUUCUACUGGAAGGAGUUUGUGAAUGAGGUGGACGUGCUGGUGUUCAUGGUGGACUCAUCUGAUCGGCUACGGUUGCCCUGGGCUCGGCAGGAACUACAGAAACUGCUGGACAGGGACCCUGAUCUGCCUGUUGUCAUAGUGGCCAACAAGCAGGACCUGAGCGGGGCCAUGAGUAUGGUGGAGCUGCAGCAGGAGCUGGGCCUGCUUUCCAGUGACAACCAGAGGGAGGUUUUCCUCUUGGGAGCCAGCAUUGCCCCUGCAGGAUCUGGCUUCGGGGCACCCGGCACUGUGCACAUCUGGAAACUGCUCUUGCAGCUUCUCUCCUAAGCUGGAGCCACCUCUUACUGCCCAGCCAUGGAGACCACGGUUCUGCUUCCUCCUGCAUCUUCAUUGCCAGCCCUGGCCUUGGGCAGGAGCAUCAUAGCAACACCUCCUUUGUCCCCUCAAGAGCAAGGCCAGAACCAUGCAGAAGCCUUCCUGCUGAGGCACACUUGGGGCAGGAGGUGUCAGGCAGAGGAGAGAUGGUGACUGCCUCACGUAAGGCCAUAGUGUAGCUCCAGCUCCCCUUGCCCUCCUACAUAGUGUGAUGCUCAUUGGCUUAGUGCUCCCUCCCUGCAGCUCCCACGAGUUGACAAACCUGUGUGGGCUUCACAGGUCUCCCAUUUCACUGUUCACUCCUAGUGACAUCACACAUUUUCCACAUGGGAAGGUUCUGGGUGGAACACAGUAAAUCCUUGCUCCCAGACCCUCAUCCUCCAGCCCCUGCUUUGUCUGUGGCCUUGUGUUUCUGCCUUUCUGGCCCCAGGGCCAUCAUUUUUAAGGGGAGGUAAUUUCCUAGCUUUUUUCUAAAUGCCAGCCCUGGCAAUGCCAAAUGAGGAUCACCCUGAACACUUUAUUAAAGAAUACUCUGACCACCUCCCUACUGUUACGGCCUGGCCUGCCAAUAAAGGCCUGCCUUUAUUGACCACAAAGUACAGUUCACCACACAGGUGAAGGACGGUUUUCCCCAGGUCUGGAGACAACCUGCUGCUUUUGUACUAACUGUGCCAAUGCCCAUGUUUACAUAAGUCUAGAGAAGGAAGCAACCUGAGUACUGGAACAAGAAUGGAGUUAGGGGAGGGGGCAUUUUAUUUAUUUAUUUAUUUAUUUAUUUAUUUAUGUUUUAUCAAAGGAAUAGGCCAAAGUUCAAGGUUCUGUUUCUAGGUGCUGAAAUCAAAACGCUUGACUGUCAUAGAAAAUUUGAGAACUGUCUGGAAUCAUGAUGGACAGUGAGGAAACCUACGGGUAUCAAUGGAGACAGAACUGUAGCUUCCCCUCCCCCAACUUGGCCUUGAGACCAUAAUUGGAGACAAGUACUUGAAGGGAACCUAGUACUUAGAUUCAGAACAGGACUAGUAGAGCCAUCAGAGUGGCCUUGGGCACAUCAUCAAGCCUUCUGGGACCUUUAUUUGCCAGCAAAGCAGAGAAUGAGAUUCUGUCUCUGCAAUGAACAUUCCAUGACUGUGAUUACCAGUGCAGAUGGUCUGUGUUGACACUGGUGCAGGCAAAGGGGCCUUCGGUCUGCCAGGGCUGUUGAGAGAACACCAGCGGACUGCUUGCCUUCCAGGCUGUAUCCCGUGCUGUUUUCCUUUUGAGACAGGGUGUUGCUCUAGCCCAUGCUGCCUUGAAUUCAUGGCAGUCAUCCUUCCUCAGCCUUCCAUUUUUGGGGAUUGCAGGAAGCAUUGGGCCAUCAUACCUGGCUUUUCAGUUUGCAUUUUGAGAAUAGGCUGUGUGCUAUUUGCCAAUUGCCCAACAUAAAACCUGGGAAGUGGAAAGCUUCCAAGUUGAAGUGAGCAAAGUCAUCAGAAGAGAGGCCCACUGUGCCCUUGGACUCCUGCCCAUGAGAAUGGAAUUACAAGACAAAUCAGUUUCUCUGUGCCAUUGACUCCUGCCCAUGAGAAUGGAAUUACCACAAGACAAAUCAGUCUCUCUGUGCCAUUGACUCCUGCCCACGAGAAUGGAAUUACCACAAGACAAAUCAGUCCCUCUGUGCCAUUGACACCCGCCCACAAGAAUGGAAUUGCCACAAGACAAAUCAGUCUUGCUAGAAGUGUUUUCUGCUUUUGUAUUAAAUAUUUAAGGAAUGACUUGGA